AUGUUUAAGAUUAGUCUAAUUAGCUAUUUACUAUUAUUAUUCACAUUUCUAUAUGUGGAGACAAAGUUAUCCGAUGAAUUACGUAAAAUCUACCGAUUUCAUAAACAAGUUCGUAAAGAUGUACAAAAUUGUAAGAUACCUGGUCAACCUCCAGCUGUAAAACUAGCAAAAAUGAAAUGGAAUAAACUUCUAGCUGACAAAGCCAAACAACAAGCUAAACGAUGUCAAUAUGAUUCAAAUGAUCCAAAUGAUUUUAUUAUUGGUGAUUUUGAAUCCAUUGGACAAAAUCUAGGCGAUUAUCCAACAAUUGAAAGGGCAAUGAAAGAUUGGUUAGAAGAACAUAAAAAUUAUGAUUUUAAAACGAAUACAUGUAAUGGAGAUUGUAAAAAUUAUAAACAGAUGGUUUGGAAUACCACUGAAGCAAUAGGCUGCGGUUACGAAAAAUGUGGAAAGAAUUAUUUGAUUGUUUGUAAUUAUGCACCAGGUGAUUCUGAAGAAAGACCAUAUGAGGCUAAAUCGGAAAGUGAAUGUAAUAAAUCAGAAUAAAAUUUGUGAAG